AUGGCCUGCUGCCACACCAGCUUCUGUGGGUUCCCCAGCUGCUCCACUAGUGGGAUCUGUGGCUCCAGCUGCUGCCAGCCACAAUGUUGUGAGACCACCUGCUUCCAGCCCUCCUGUUGCAACACUGGCUUUGGCAGUGGCAUUGGCUUUGGCCAAGAGGGUGGCUUUGGAGGAGUGACCUGCCGUGUCAGGUGGUGCCGCCCAGACUGCAGAGUGGAGGGCACCUGCCUGCCCCCCUGCUGUGUGGUAAGCUGCACCCCUCCAUCCUGCUGCCAGCUGCACCAUGCUCAGGCCUCCUGCUGCCGCCCAUCCUACUGUGGACAGUCCUGCUGCCGCCCCGCCUGCUGCUGCCACUGCUGUGAGCCUACCUUCUAA